UUCGGCUCUUUCCGUCAGGCGUGGAUGAUCGGCAAGUAUUCCGAAUGCGUCCUGACCUUCGGCAAUCGCAACAAUCAUGCCGUUCGGAACGCCAAAAAACCCUUCCGUCAACCCAAUGACGCAGAUGCCUCCAAAGGCACCGUCGGCAUUGGUUAAGACUGGAAGGUGGGCAAUGUUUUUGUCAGGGAUAUUUUAUGGUGCAUGGAGAUUAAAUAGCUUAAAGCCUGUGCAAGAGGCCAUAAAUGAAAGAGAUGAAAUUCUUCACGAGUUCAUCAAGGCUAGAAAAUACAGAUUCUUCAUCGAUAAGGGUGACGAGGAUGCAUAUCUGUUGUUGAAACAAGUCCAAGGCGAACCAGCAGGAGAAUUGCCUGAAAUCAGAAAACCACUUCUUUUGGACGAUGAAUAGAAUCAAAUUUAUAAUUUAAUGUUUGAACAUAUUUGUGAAGUGAACUUUUAAACAACUUAAGAUAAUUAUUGGAGCUUUUGCACUGUAUCAGGACAUGGAACAGUGUUUUCUCAUAUAAUAUGUAAAACAAAUUAUGCAUAAGUAUGCAUAACAAAGAAAAAGUGCAGAAAGAAAAUAUUAUUAGCGAGUGCCAGAAGGAUACUAUGUAUUUUUGAAUGAAUAAAAUUUCUGUAAAUACAUAA